GAGGAGAAAGUGUUUAAGCGGCGGAUUUAGCAUUUAUUUCUUUAACAGCUGCAAAUGAACAAUACAUUAACCUAUAAGAUAUUUGUGUUAUUCUAACCCAAACAGUGUGUUAUGGACUAGAUUAGGUGUAAGAAUUUGGUGCGCACAUUAAAUUUAAAUGGUUAGCAUUUAAAUGAUAAAUAGUGUAGCAGUGCGAUCGUUCAUACAUCGUGUGUCUGUGACUAAUAUAAUAGAGAUAGAUCGUUAUGAUUGCUCCAACAAAGACAAUUAUUUAUACUUCGACGUUGAUCAUAGAAGAUAAUGAAGUAAAGACAGAGAUGUUAACAACGGAGAACUAGCUUGUAGGAAAUGAACUGCUGAAAUAAUGGACAACCAUAAAUAGUUUUUCAAGCAACCAACAAAUAGACCAUCGGCAUCAUGUGGAACGCCAUGAAAUACAACUACAACGUGCGUGAGGCGUACCGGUUCCAUUUUGACGAGCCCCCGGCCGCGCCUCUCACACACGAGGAGACGCGCAGAGUAAGGCAGAUCAUGGACUGGGACAAACAUCAGGCUGAUGUUUCCCCUAGAGCCCGGAAUAAACAAACAAAAAUGAGCGAGCGGACAGGGCUGGAGCACUACAUGACCUCGGAUAUUAUCCGGAAGGAUGCCCCCUUCGGUACAACCGACACACCCUGUAUCACCAUGAAGAUCAUCGGGGGACGCCAGGUCCCUGUCAUUGAAAAACAUGCAACAUUUGACCCGGAAUAUUUGGGAAGCAGAAUACAGCCUCUGCGACCAAUAGCAGAUAAGCCCAAUCACGUUGACCCGCGAGUACACGGGGAUAAUCCGGGUGCAUAUUACAAUAGAGACGUCCAGAAGUCAUUAAUACGGGAAGACCAUCCUUUAGACCAUGAGGGUUUCGAUUAUGGAAAGUAUUUUGAAGAGAGGGGAGAUUCGCCAACUGCUGGGGUGAAUAAACGACCAGACUCAAAGGACGUGGUCAGGGCAGCUCAGUACAGAACCCUACCUCCAAUACAACAAAACCGGACCCGGAAUGAUAUGUCCACAGUGUUUGAGGCUGAGCCCUGGACUGAUAAUCGCGCACCUCAACUAGCCGAUGAGACUGAAUACAAACAGAAUUACUUUCUUGGAGGAUCUGAAACCAUGGAUCAGCGUUACGAAAACCCCGGAUACAAAGAGCACCAUCUUGUGCCAGAUUCAGAGCUUAGCAACUUGCGGAUGUUAGUGCCGAGAAAUGUGUUGUUACCUGUGGAUCCUAUCCGUUUGACUCGAGACCAGGAGGUUGUAUUAUGUAAACUUAUAUGCAAUGAGCUUCCGCGGUUCGACUCCCGCAAACUGCGAGAUGUGUACCUUGAAUGUUCUCAGCUGGAUAAAGGAUUAAGUGGCUUCUGUGACCCUUACACACUGAAAACCAGCCUCGAAAGGCACAACGCAUUCUUACCAGAAUCGCUGUCAAUUAUUGGAGCGCAGUUCGUUGACCCUAACUAUCCCGGAAGAGUAAACUAUGAAAAGGUCUUGUCGUUUAUUGGGUCAGCUUUGGAUCUAAAUACAAAGGGACAAUUAGAAAAAGGGUUAACCCCAAGGCGACAAGAGAAAGAAAGAGAGUAUGAGUAUGAGGAAAAACCGCGGGAAAGUCCACACAGGUCACAAUCGAACGAAAGGCCCAAAUAUUACAUGGAAAAUGGAGAAACAUUCAAGACGGGUUCAAUCUACCGUGACCGGGAGGUGGCGAAGCUGCUACAGAUGAUAACAACAGAGCUAUCGAAGAGCAACUACAAGAUGGACUGGACCAGCUGGCAAAACGCCUUCUUCGAGAAGGACAGGGACCGCAGGGACACACUCUCUGCUGCACAGAUUAAAGACAUCUGCUACGACCACAAGCUGCCACUGUCCGACUCAUUGUUGAAUCAGAUACUCUCUCUGUGUGAGGACAGCAACAGAGAUGGACAAUACAAGUGGCACGAGUUUCUUGAAUUCAUGCGCAGGGUGCGGCCCUCCUUGACCGGUCUACCCAUCCCCGUAAGUAAACGGCCUCUGGAUUACGCGAAACACUACCCAGCCCCCGGGCCCAACUGGCCCCGGACCGAGGACAGUACGGAGCACCGCAAUUCGUCUCCAAGACGUGACAUUUCCCCAAGACGAGAGCCGCCAUCUCAUCGCAAGGGUCAAGAUGACAGAGUAACGUCGGUAUUAGGACAAUUUGACGAAUGGAAAUUGCCAGAGGAAACAAAACAAAAAACUGUUCGCUUUUACGAGGACAAAUAUAAGUAUAUCAUGGACAACUAUUCACCUGACCGCGAUAGACGCCCGCGAAGUCCCCGGGACUCUCUUAAAUCUCCAACCAGAAAUGAAAGGGAAACUUCACCAUAUCAAACCAAUAUGGAGCGCGGACGACCACCACAUUCCCCACGUAGAAACGAGCCUGGGAGGCAUAGGUCGUUAUCUCCUGAAUACCAAGAUAAUCGUUAUGAUGGUGUACAAAGUAAAACUGAACUUUUCCCACCUUUAAAUGAUAAUGAAAAAGAUUGGAGACAACCGCGGACUCUAAAACGUUUCUAUAGUGAUCGAAGGAAAUUUACGAGAGAUGGUAAUAGAAAUGAUUAUGGUAAUCGUGAUGUCCAAAAAGACGGAAAAGUAGAUCAAUACGGAGGAAGAUCUGAAGACAAACGGCGUGAUAAUUGGCAGCAACAUCGUCGAAUGGAUUAUGAGGAUAAUCUUAAACAGUCAAACUUUGCCGAAAGCCCUACAGACUUAAGAAGGCGAUCAUAUGCAGAAAGUCCAAGUGGAUAUGUGCCAAGUUGGCAACAACGUACCGAACGUGGAGAUUACGAACCACGUGACAGGAACCGAGAUAUGCCGAGAAGAAACGAGAGAGUUGCCAGUCUAUUGCAACGGGCACCAAGUCGCUAUGAACGUCCCAAGUCAUAUGCUGAACCUCAAAGAGAAAUAGGAUCGUAUAAUAUACCCAAUCAAGAGACACGCCAUAGAAGUCUAUCACCUGUACGACAGGCAUCACCUGGUCGACAGCAAUCUCCAUAUAGACAGGCAACUCCAAGACUACCCUCCCCUAGCAAAGAGCCAACUGUGGCCUCUUAUCCACAAGCGUAUAGAGAUAAUUAUAUAAAUGACGGAAAGGAUGACGGAGGUUUUGAUCGUGAAAUACCGUCUUACCCAAUUCAUAAUCCACCGUAUAUGCAGCAAACUCAGCAAACAUCAUUAGGCAACCAGCAGUACCAGUCUUAUGGUGGUCCUCAACCGCAUGUGGAACAGCAAGGCGUGGUCCGGCAAGACCAAAGCUACAGCCGACCGAAGUACCAAACCUAUCAGCCAUAUAUACCCUCUUUUUCAAACCAACAAUCACAGCAGCAGCCACAACAACAGCAGCAGCAGAUACCCCAAAGCCCAACUUUUGAAGAUCAGAAUGUUUCCCAGUAUAGAUUGCAAUAUGUUUCCCCAGUUACACAAGCCAGACAAGCGUACGACUUAGUGGAGCAAAAUAAACCGAGGUACGGAGAUAGCAGACGAGACGAUCCGUACUACCGUGGCGGUGGAGGAGACACAAACAGGUCGAACAGAGAACAGCAGAUCAACCAACUCUCGCAUCAGCUACGAGAUUUGGAGGCCAAAUAUGAGGUUACACGAGAUGGGAUGGAAAGCAAGGAAAAACCUUGGCUCGAGAGAUAUCUUAAACUGGCACAGGCUUUGUAUAACUCUGAUAUCUCCAAUAAAGGCUGUCUACCCAGGCAGGACGUGAUUGAGAUAGUGGAACAGUACAACAACGCCUUCAACCUUAACCUUGACAUGAACAGAGCAAACAUGAUGGCCAUCUCUCCCGAUGUCCUGGAUAAAUCAGGCAACAUCCUCCUUAGACCAUUCCUCGCUAACCUCUCCCGCCGUUAGAGAUCAUUUGAUUUCCAUCAUUAGAGUGUUGGCUGUUUGAAUGAACUUUGGUUAAACUUUUCAUGAACUAUUAAAUUUAUUAUUAUUAAAAUGUAUCAAGAACUUCUGAUGAAAUUAUAAGCAUUCAUUAUACUGCGGUCUCAUUUGACGUUAUGCAGCCACAUACACAUCGUUUAUUUAUUUAUGUUGGUCUACUUGAAGGACCUUUUGUUAACAUAAUUAUCAUUAUCAACUUUAUAUGAUAGUUCUGAUCAUCUUGAGCGCUUAUAAAAGUCGCCAUUACUCUAUCAGAUAGGUAAAUGUUAAAUGAACUUUGGGUAAAAUUUGUUAUUCUAUAAAAGUACGGUCAUUCAAUAGUAUUUGGUAAUUCAAAACCCGUACAUUAUACUUAAUAUUUACCACGAAUGUAUGUUAACAUGACUAUAAACUAUGUUUAAUAGUUAACAUUUCGUAUUUUCGUUGCUGUUAGCAUGAACUAUUUUAAUAGGUAACAUUUAUCCAGAAUUUGCUUUAAGAUUAUCAUGAACUAUUUUAAUAACAGUUAACAUUUAUCAAUGAUUUUCUUUAUGACUAUCAUGAAUUAUGUUAAGUGGUUAACAUUUAUCAAUAGUUUUCGGUAUUACAAGGAUGAUUAUUUAUUAAAGUGUACAUGUAUAUCCAAACUGCAUGAUUUCCGUUAUUUGGCCAUUUAUCAGAUACGAUUAAAUAAUUUAAGACCUACUUUUUCAAAAUGAUUAUAUGUUCUAUGUGGGAAUUAUUUACAGACACUCUUAAGUAUUUAAUUGCUAGAUUCCUAUGAGAGUGUUAUUUGUACUAUACUUGAGAUUCAUUAAAUAUGAUUCUGCCUUUUUGAUGAUAAAUAAUUCAAACAAAAUCAUCAAGAAAACACAAUAUGAAAAAAUGUAAAAUAAUGAUAGAACUAUUUUACCAUUGAAUGUGAUUAGGUUGGCUAAAAUCCAUGUAUAUAGCACAUUUAAAACUCGUCUUAAUUUAGUUUCAUAACCAUUUGCAAUGAAUUUAACCAGAAACACGUGUGCACAAAAUAAAUUUUACUGUUAGUUUUUUUAAGCAGUGUUGCGUAAAUGUAUUAUAUCAGAAGUCAUUAAAACAUAAUAUCUAUUUUAGCAUCCCGCUCCACUGCCUUCUCCAUGACACUUUUGAUAAUUGUUUUAAAAAUUGUUGUUGUUUUUUAAUUAUUGACUGUGAUAUUUAUUCCUGUAUCCGUCCGGUUUUUGUCUGUUCUGUAUAGAUAUACAAAACGAAAAUAUUUUCGUUUAUUUUGUUAUUUUUACAUAUCAUUAUUUUAUAGCUGCAUGUGAUAUCGCGUUUGAGUCACUUCAAUAACUUUUUAUUCGAAUUUUAGUCAUUUAUUAAAAUGGUAUUUCUUAUAUUAAACUAGUAUAUUUUCUUAAAUAAAUACAUUGUAGAAGUUUGAAUAUUUCUGAAUAUCAACAUAAAAUCAACGUUGAAGUUCUGUAAAAGUAAUCUGGUAUUCUAUGCUGGAUCUGUGUUUCUGUUUUCAUUUCGUACAAAGACAGUGUUUGAGUAGAUAAGAACUUCACUUUGAAACUUAUCCAUGGGUAAAUGUACUCCCAAGACUUGUGAAUGACAUUACGUAUUUAUUUCACAUUCAUUAAUUGUUUCAUAAUUGUAUGGAUAAUAAUAAAUGUAGUUUUAUAGGUUA